AUGAGCCCGCAGCAGAGUCGCGUUUCACUCCGGGGGAAGAAUUCCCAGAGCUUGCCACCUUCAUCUCAUUCAGCCAAGGUUCAACGACCUCAACCUCGAACAAAGACUGCCAACAUCCGCAUUGUUUGCUGCGACAGUUUUCGGCCCAGGAAAUCCGCAAUCUCCAGGUACCUGCUUACUGUGCUAGCGAUCUGUCCAGCACUGUCGCUCGGAUUGGUUGAAGUAUCACAGGCGAACAUUUCACACUGUGCCUUAGAGCCUCAGCUAUUGGGAACCUGCGCCGAUCAGACCCGGCGCUGA